GAAACCAAUAUGAAUUCAGUGGAACGUUUAGUUUAUUACAAUGAUAAAUUGGAAAUAGAAGCUGAGAGUAUAAUACCAGAUAACAGACCACCACCUGGAUGGCCAUCUCGUGGAGAGAUUCAUAUUAAAAAUUUGGAAAUUAAAUAUGGGCUUGAUAGUCUUCUAAUUUUGAAAGGCAUCUCACUUGAUAUUAUGGCUGCUGAAAAGAUUGGAAUUGUUGGUCGAACUGCAAUGUCAUUCUUCAGAUUUAUUGAAGCAACUUCUGGAAGUAUUGUAAUUGACGAUGUUGACAUCAGUACUAUUGGAUUAAAAGAUCUUAGAAGUAAUAUUACUAUCAUACCUCAAGAUCCGGUACUAUUUAAUGGCACUAUUAGGAGCAACUUGGAUCCAUUCAACGAGCAUAGUGAUCUCAAGUUGUGGAACACGCUUAGGCGUGUACAAUUAAUUAAAAAUUCAAACCCUACUUCUGAAAAAAUAGAACUAGAAGAAUCAGAUGUUAUCCAUUCUAUUUCAGAUCAAGAAGCAUUAACGCUUGACUCACCUGUCAAAGAAAAUGGAUCAAAUUUUUCCCAAGGUCAACAACAACUGAUUGCAAUGGCCAGAGCACUAGUUCGUGAUUCAAAACUAAUAAUAAUGGACGAAGCUACUGCAAGUAUAGAUUUCAAAACUGAUCAUCUAAUACAGGCCACAAUUAGAGAAGAGUUUAAAAAUAGUACUGUUAUCACUAUUGCGCAUAGAUUGCGUACUGUUAUGGAUUAUGAUAAAAUUCUGGUUAUGGAUGAUGGAAAUGUAGUGGAAUUUGAUAUUCCAUACUUAUUGAUGCAGAAGCCUGAUGGGUGGUUUAGGGGAAUGUGUAAAAAAAGUGGGGAAUUUGCAGAAUUAAUGAAAAUUGCUAAGCAAAAAUAUGAAAAGAUAUCAUUGUCAUGUUAA